AUGGCUGCUGCGGGGCUGGACCGGGGGCCCGUCCGCCACGUACCGGGCAGCGGCGCGCAUGCGCAGCCUCAACGGCCGCCGCGGGACACGUCAGCCUUCCUGCCGGGCCCUCCCUCCCGCCGGGCGGCCCGGGCGCUGCCCGGCGCCUCGUCCCGCGCUCUUCCCUGCUCGGCCGCCCCGGCCCGGCCGCCGCCCGGGCCCAACCCCAGCGCCACGAGCGUCGGCUCCUCCGGCCGCUCCCCCAGCAAGGCCGUGGCUCCCCGCGCGGCGGGCUCCACCGUCCGGCAGAGGAAGAAUGCCAGCUGCGGGACAAGAAGUGCAGGCCGUGCCACUUCCACGGGUACUGGUGGGAUGUGGCGAUUCUACACUGAGGACUCCCCAGGGCUCAAAGUUAACAUUUACCUGCUUAUAAACAGUAACCUGGAGGGAAAUCCAGGCUGGAUAACAGAAUUCAUGGUGUUUCUACCAAUAGCAAGUUGAAAAUCAGAAACGAGAUUGUAUGAAUGGGCCUGUUCCAGUUUUGGUCAUGAGUCUUCUUUUUAUUGCUUCUGUGUUUAUGCUGCACAUCUGGGGUAAAUACACUCGUUCGUAGACUCAGCUGCCAACUUAAAGCAUACAUCUUGGACCAAAAAUAUUGGUGGAUCCUGGUUGUUCUUGGAGAGAGACUGGGGAAGCUUCCUAUCACCUGUUGAAGUUCUGUCAACUUUGGCUCUAAUACUGAAUGAGUUUCUCAGUUCGCUAUUUGGGCAGGUUUAAAGUCUGUCAUGGGUCAUUUUGUAUUUGUAUCUGUACACUUAGAAUACAGGUAUUGCAAUAAAAGUUGUAUAUGGAAAUAGAAA